UUAGUGCCAGCUUAGGUGUUCAUUCAGCACCUCCUCCUGCCAAAAUCUGUGUGGAUAAAGGAGUCAUUUGUUGGGAAAACAAGCAGGUAGGAAGACUGCACAGAAACAACGGCUCAGGGAGGAGUACAAUACAAUCUGUGGAAAGAAAAGUCUUCUUAAUGGAGAACAAGGGAAGCUUCAUGAAUUCACCAUGGGUCUAGCCAAUAUAAUGGGGACAGUAACUGCUAUAACUACCAUGAUGUUAUGUGUCAGAUCGAACGUUUCAGGUCUGUCUGUUAUACAGUGUCCUGGUAAAGUCCUGGUAAAGCCUGCUCCUGUUUUCCUGGUUGGCUCCAACAUUUCGAUCACCUGUGUGUCUAUGGGACAGAACUGCGACAUCAAUGAAUUUGAACUGCAUAGAAAUAAGAAACAAAUACAAAUGGAGCGCUUUAAUAAAACUGCUGCACACCAUUUGAUGAUCAAUGUUACAACUCAAGACUCCACAAUAUACUGUUACAUUGAGUGUGUGGAUGGGGCUAAAGAGUUAGUGUGUGUAGCAAGUCUUCAACCUGGCUAUCCACCAGACCAGCCAAAAGACCUGAUCUGUAUUUGGAGACAUAACAAUAUGAUAUGCACGUGGAUAGCAGGAAAACAGACAUUGCUGGAAACAUAUUACACCUUCCAUAUCCAAACUGAGGGAACAGGUAAAGAACAGAUAUUUCCUACAAAAUUUGGAACUAGCAAUGUCACUGUUUCUGGAGAUCAUCUUGAAAAAGCCUCUCUAUACAAAGUUUGGGUACAAGCCGCGAAUGCACUAGGAAAUGCAACAUCUAAGGACCUAACUUUUUCGAUCCACGAUAUAGCUAAGCCUGAUGCACCAAACAUCACUAAAGUUGAAUUUAUAAAAAAUUCAAUUGCCAAGACCAUCAUUCACUGGAGAAAUUCAACAAGUGCAAGAUGUUGGUUUGAACUGAGGUAUAGAAUAACGUCCGAUCCUGGUAUCAGCUGGACUCUGAUUGGUAAAAAUAUGUUUAGCAUGAAUGGAAAUUCAGGUCAUUUUUACAACUGGGAGCCUUUCAAUGAAUACGAGUUUCAGAUUCGCUGCAGCUUCAUAAAAGGCAAUAACUACUGGAGUGACUGGAGCAAGUCAUUUAUAAGCAAAACACCUGAGGCAGUGCCUGCUGGAAUUUUAGAUGUGUGGAGUUUAAGUGAGCCAGUUGAUCCAAACAAACAUAGAAAGAUAAUCAUCUACUGGAAGCCUCUCCGCCCUCAGGAAAUCAGGGGCAUUAUUCUUGGUUAUCAUAUAUUUUAUCAACAAAAUGGGCUUGAAAUGACCAUCCGAGUGUGUGGUGUAUCAGAGACUUGGUUCAGCUGGCGAACAUUUUGGGCACCAGACCGCAUCUUUGUUACUGCAUUUAACUCCAAAGGAAACUCUACACCUGCAGUCCUCCACAUAGGAGAAGCAAAUUUGAUGGCUCCCAGAAACCUUAAGGUGGCACCAGCGGGAGACUCUGGAAUUUAUGUCAAAUGGGAACCACCAGAUGAAGCCAAUGAGCCAGUUCUGGGUUAUGUAGUCGACUGGACAGAAGCAAUUGACAACAACAAACAGCUACUUGCUUGGAAAAGACUUCCCAGGGAUAAUCAUUCUUUGUUUAUAGGAAAAAUCUCUUCACUUCAGGAAUAUCUAGCAGAAGGAAGAAGCAUUAUACCAAGAAGACGUUACAAUAUUUCGGUCACUGCAAUGUACCAAAAGGGACAAGGAAGAUCUUCCUCGGUGCAGGGAUAUUCAGUGGAAGGAAAACCCACAACAGGACCAAGUGUUUCAGUGAUGAAAUUCACUCGACAGCAAGUACAACUAAAAUGGGGAGAAAUUCCACUUGAAAAACAGCAAGGAUUUAUCACCAACUAUACCAUAUAUCUGAAGAAAGGUGCUGAUGGGUCUUACCUUGUUCCACAUAAUGUCACAAAUGCCACUGUGAGAACUUAUUGGCUGACGCUUGAAUUUGACACAGUUUACAUGGUACAUAUGACUGCCACAACAGCUGCUGGAGAAGGGGCAAAGGGAGCAGAGACAGCCAUCAAACUAGACUAUUACAGCAUUGCUCUUCCACUGCAGCUAAGCAUGGGGAUAACCAUUCCGUCAGCCUUUCUUUUAACUCUGACGUUUGCAAAGUCGAUCAGGAGAAGAAUUAAAACAACGUGCAAGAUGUUUUUACCUGGCUGGACUCAUGAAGAAUUUCCCAAUGUGGAAAACAGCAAUGUGGCUAAAGAACUGCAGAAGAAGGAUGAAGUUCCCUUUCUACACACUGCAGUGCUCUUGAUGUACAAAGAUCCGCCAAUAACAGAAGUAGAAGAUACUUUGCUGCCAAAAAACAACAGAAGUUUGAUCCAGACUGUGCAUAGAAAUUCUAAACAACAAUUAGAACAAUUAGGGUUUGAGAACUCAAUUCCAGAUACUCCAGAAGCUCAUAAUUCUGAUCUGUCUCAACCCAACGAAGAUGCAGAAACCGUUGGUUACAAGCCUCAAAUCUCCAGCAGCUGCCAACUGGCAAAUUUAUCACAUAAUGAUGAACAAUCAAUUCAAAAGGCUGGAAGUAAUCAAGCUAGAGAAUGCAAAGGAUUCAGCAUCCCAACUUUUGACAGGAUUGCUGAUAUUUCCACUAUUGGUGUAAUCUUAGAUAUGAACACAGGUUUGGCAUCUAGCCAGAGUGGGAUACAAGACGAUUCUGACAAGUAUCUCCUUAAGAAGAAAGAAGAUCAGUUCCCAGUCGAUGAGCAUCACAGAAUAUAUGUAACAGAGGGACUGUUUCAAGAACAAACUCUACUACCGGAUGAACUUGUUGAUUGUUUACUGCACUUAGAAGAAGACUCCAUUGAUAUAAAAUCUUAUUUCCCCCAGAUUGUGGCCAUUCAGUGACACUGCUUUAGCAGAUGCCAACAUCUGUUUCUCGGCUUUUCAAAUCUUCAGAAGUUCUGUAAGUUUGUGAGAUACACACAUGCUAUUUGAUUCCGGCUGUGCUCACAAAAGUAGGGGCUUGAGUAUAAAAUCACCAAGCCUCAAGAAAACUAUAAAUUACCAACAAGAGUUGAUUUUUUUCCCCACAGAAUGAAUAUGUGGAAUGAGCUGCUAACAAAAGCAAUUAAUGUUAUAUUAACCCUUGUAUUAAAAAAAGUAGAAAAUUUGUCUGACUUGGACCAGAAUUGAAGAUUUUAAGGUUCAGGAAAGAAAUAAGUGGUCAAGAUUUCUGAAGAAUGUGAUGCCUACUGUGCUUUUGGGUCCAUGAGUGAGUUAAAUGUGAAUGUAACCAGUUAAAUAUUUUUGGUUGUAUAGUUGGAUUAGAAUCCCUGAAAUUUUGUCUAAUUACCUGGAAUUUGAUAUAUUAAUAUAACCAUUCUCAAACAAAUUAAAAUAUGCCUUUAAAUUGGAUCAUCCUUCUGAAUCUAAGAGAGCAAAGUCAAGGUUGUUAGUUUGAAGAUUGUGACAACUUAUGAUAUUGUUUCAUGCUAUUGUUAGUAUACGCCAGAGAGCCAGUUUGCAAAGGAUAGAACUGGAGUCAAUCUUUAACACUGUUAUACUUAUAUACAGAGUUACACAUUACAAGCGUAUACUUUCCCAACCAAUAUCCACUGUUUGUAGGGAUUCAGUUGAAUCACUCAUUAAUACCCACCACCUCCAUACAAUUAAACAUAAAUAAUAUACAAUUACCAAAUUUACCAAUAUAUCUGAAAAUACUGAUUUCAGAAAGGUUACUUUUUUUUCACACCACACAACUCUUAAUGCUCUCAACGUCCAGUCUUAGAGAUGCCAAUUUGAGAAUGAAUGUCACCACGGUAACAAUUUAAAAACUAAUGUAUGUAUUUUCCCUUUAUUAAAAAUUAAGUUUGAAAAUGUUUAAAUAAUACAAAAGGUUUAUACCCAGACUGUCAAUAGUUAAAUGGUUUCCGAAUUUCUUGUUUCAACUUGCAGUCUGUUUGUAGUAUUUAGAGCCUUCAGAUUUAAAAAAGGAAUAUAGUAUUAUACACAACUUAAUUGGAAUCUUUGGCCAGGAUUUUCUGACUGCAUCACGGU